CUGAGCGCCGUUCCCGGUUCGGUUCUGAAAAUGCCUGCGAAUGUAGGAGCGACAAUAACAGAUGACCUGGGCAGCUGCCACGUAGCGUCUAGUCUCACGUUAUCAAGUCGUUAUGGGAUGAUAUGAUAUGACUUUUCCAAGUUCCUUCUUCUUUACUCAAUCUAGGCCUGAACUAGGUUCAAAAACUCAUACUCGCCUCCCUCUUCCCGCGUUCUCGACUUGAAUAGCACUGUGCACAAUGCCUUGGGCACCCGUCGACGAUAAUGGCACGCGGCUUUACUACGAAGACACGGGGGCACCCCCUGAUUCGUCGGACUACACAACUCUAGUGCUCGUACAUGGUGGUGUAUUCAAUGGAUCCACCUUUAGGCCAAUGUUCAAACAUGCCGAAGAGCACAACAUGCGACUAGUGGCUGUGAACAAUCGAGACUACCGCGGCUCUACCCCAUUAUCUCCCAGCGACCUCGACGCACUUCGAAGCGUAGAACUGGACGAGCAGCGAUCGAUGAUCCACGCACGCGGCAUGGAACUUGCGGCAUUUCUUGUCUGGUUCAUCCAGCAGGAAAAUAUACCGCCUCGCUCCCAGAACUUGGAGGCUACGCGUGCCGGUGGCCUUGCAUUUCUCGGGUGGUCUUGGGGAAAUACUAUGACAAUGUCGUUUCUGGCGCAGGCUGAACGUAUGGACGAGGAAGCUCGCCGCACGUUGCACAGUUUCAUGACCGCGUUCAUCAUGUUUGACAGCGCUCGACAUGGCCUAGGCGUCCCACCUGCGAUGCUGGCAGGGCUACGAGCUCCAGCGCGUGGCCAAGAUGAGACGGUGGACCGAGACAAUGACUUCGAACACCGAUUAUCCGGGUACUACGCUCACCCGCCUGCGCUACUUGAUCAAUUCGCGUCCGUUGCGCUGGAUGACCUACGAGACGGUCUCUUACAUUGCCCGAUUGCAGAUCCAUCCUCGCCGGACUAUGUACCAUCCACCGCUCGUAUGACUACUCAAAGAUUCGGCGAUGUCACGGACCCCAAUGUGACAAAGCGUGCCCACCCGCUUUUUCACGCCGUCGACCCCAGACUGUAUCAAGAGAACGUGCAAGCUGCUCUAUGGAACUCAACAACGUGGCCUCACCUGAGGGUGACGCUCGUAUGGUGUGAUAUGUCUCUGCCAGAGACAGUGUUGUCUGCCUGUUAUCUCGCGAAACAAAUCAACGAAGAAUGGCCUCAAGGUGCUAGAAAGGUUGACGUGCUGCGCUUCAAUGGGGCAAAUCACUUCCCUCAUUGGGACAAGCCUAGGCGCACUAUCGAGCUUCUGUCUCGUAUAGUUUCACCCCGGGCCCCGUAGGACCGCACGGCGGCUCUACAUGUCUUCGAGACGCGAUUAUACAGAUCGCGGUAUCGGCCUCAUGGUUUCAAUCCUCUAUGGCCACGGCCGCGUUGACUGACGCAGAUAGUCGACAUUGUCA